UUGACAUUAAACGUCAUGUAAAGUGUAAUGUACAGUAAGUAAAGUAAAAGAAAUACUCGGAAAAUGCCAGACUAUUCAAGAAGAUCGCCUUUCAAGCGACCGUGGUUGGACGAUCGGGGUUUAGCGGCGGCCGAGCAAGGCAGAUCCGGCCUAAGGGGGGUAUUCGUCGGCGGCAUAACCGGCGGCGUGGAAAUAUGCAUCACGUAUCCCACGGAAUUCGUGAAAACCCAACUGCAGUUAGACGAGAAAGGCGAUAGGAAGAAAUACAAAGGGAUUAUAGACUGCGUGAUGAAGACGGUGAAGGAGAGAGGGGUGCUCGGUUUGUACAGAGGCCUCAGCAUAUUGAUAAUAGGAUCGAUACCGAAAAGCGCAGUUCGCUUCGGCUCCUACGAAACCAUCAAAGGCUUCGUCAAAGGUAACAAUCCUACCUUCACACCGGCGCAAAGUUUGCUCUGCGGAUUGGGAGCCGGCGUGUGCGAGGCCGUGCUAGCAGUCACUCCCAUGGAAAUGGUUAAAGUUCGAUUCAUCAACGAUCAGCGAUCGGCCAAUCCGCAGUACAGGGGCCUGUUGCACGGCGUCGGCACCAUCGUUAAGAACGAAGGCCUCCUGGGUUUGUACAAAGGCGUCGUCGCGACGAUGAUCAAACAAGGCACUAACCAGGCGACGAGGUUUUUCGUUAUGGAAACGUGCAAAAGCUACUACAGAGCCGGCGAUCCGAAUAUAGUUAUACCGAAACCUUACAUAGCUAUGUUCGGCGCUUUGGCGGGUCUCACGUCCGUGUACGUUAACAAUCCCAUUGACGUAGUGAAAACCAGAAUGCAGGGAUUAGAAGCGAAAAAGUACAAAAACACCCUAGACUGCUUCAUAACGAUCGGCAAAAACGAGGGGAUUUCGGCUUACUACAAGGGUUGCAUACCGCGGGCGAGCCGCGUCGUUUUCGACGUCGCCCUUACAUUCACUAUUUACGAAACCAUCAUGGAUUUCAUGAACGUUCUUUGGCCCAAGUAGGUAAUGUUUUUUAUGUAAAUAAAAUUUGUAAAAUAUAUAUGUCUGUA